UUUGAGACGAAUAAAAGUGAUAUUGUUAUCCGAUUGGCGUUCACCGAGAGACUAAAAGACCCCCGUUGCGCCCUGAAUCGCUGUCCGUAGCUCGUUACUUUUCAUACAUUGAAGUCUUGUCGCGUUUCUGCCUGUAUCGCCUCGCUGUGCUCCUGCAUCGCAUUUGGAUUUUCGUUGCGCACGUCAUCAUUUUUUUCGGGAGUUUUCCAUCAAUUUCAAGAGGAGAAAGAGACUCAAAUUGCUCGCUACAAGAUGACAGACGUCGGCGAAUGGUUUAGGACAAUCCCAAUAUUUACAAGAUAUUGGUUCGCCGGAACAAUUGGUAUGAGUCUUUUGGGACGUUUUGGAAUCUUACCGCCACAAUAUUUGUUCCUCAUUCCCGAAUUGAUUACAUCGAAGUUUCAAAUUUGGCGAAUAUUUACUGCCUUAUUUUACUUUCCAUUAAGUCCUCAAACGGGAUUUCACUUUAUGUUCAAUUGCUAUUUCCUGUACAACUAUUCACGAAGACUGGAAGAAGAUCAUUUCAAAAAUACACCGGCUGAUUAUCUCUUUAUGUUGAUUCUCAAUUGGGCAUGCUGUGUUCUCUUGGGCAUCGUUGCAAAUUUUUACUAUCUCAUGGAUCCCAUGGUAUUGUCUGUUCUCUAUGUAUGGUGUCAUCUCAACAAAGAAGUGAUUGUGUCGUUUUGGUUUGGAACACGUUUCAAGGCAGUUUAUUUGCCAUGGGUUUUGCUUGGAUUUAAUUUCGUUCUCUCGAGCGGAAGUGCAUUCUCCAUAGCAGGCAUUUUAGUAGGUCAUUUGUAUGUUUUUCUCAAAUUCAAAUAUCCACAAGAACUUGGAGGUCAUUCAUAUUUGGAGACACCAUUACUUUUAAAACGAUAUUUCCCCGAUUUACGAGGCGGAGUUCAAUAUGGUUUUGGAGUUCCUCCAGUUAAUCGACAACCAACACAACAACAAGCACCUGCGGGAAAUCGUAUGUUUGGCGGAUCAAAUUGGGGAAGAGGUCAUGUGUUGGGAAGAAAUUAAAUUUAACAAUAGUUUUCUUAAAAAUCUUUGUAACUAAACUACAAUAUUAAUUUAACGGUAACAACACUAAUAUGUAGUUUAAUAAUAAAAAAAAUCUAAUAUAAUAAAACCAAAAACAUUUUUUUAUUUUCAAAUUUUA